AUGGCCGAGGUCAUCAGUGAGGAACUUGCCCAUAAGCACUUCCUCCACUACCACGACGCAGCCGUCGACCGACUUUCUGAGGUCUGUCGCAACGCACCUGUGGUCAAGAAAGGCAAGAAGAAUGAGAGAGAGCAGCGCAAGUGCGCAGUGUGUGUCCAAGCCAAGAUGAAGAUUCGUCCGUAUCUGAACAAUGCAUUCCGGCAUUCGUCACCUGGUGAUCUGGUGCACGUCGACCUGGCGCAGAUCAAGCAACUCAGCGAGAGAGGAUUCAAGUACCUGAUGGUCAUGGUGGACGACCACAGCCGUUAUGUGCAGGCCUACUUUCUCAAAAAGAAGUCCAUCGCACCGAAGGCAUUUAUGCACUACUGCACGGCCAUCCGCAUGCCCAAGGCAGUGAGGACCGACGGAGGGGCCGAGCUCAUCGCCGGCACAUGGAAGGCAUUCUGCGAGCAGCACCAGAUACGCCAAGAACAAAGCCUACCGCACCAUCAGUCACAAAACGGCGUGGCAGAACGAACGAUUGGUGCGAUUUGUCAGCUGACCCGUGCAGCACUCUUUCAAUCCGGCCUUCCCUCAUUUUAUUGGUGUUUUGCUGCGAAGACCGCCACCUACAUCAAGAAUCGAAUGCCAACCAAGAGAAAUCCAUCAGAGAAGACGCCAUUUGAGCUUUUCUGGGGUUACCCACUAUGCAUCAGGCAUAUCCGCACAUUCGGCGCAAGAGCCUAUGUGCGUCAGCGCAAGGACCAGAGGGGCAAGCUGGAUCCACGGGCGAAGUUGGGUAUCCUCGUCGGCUUCGACCCCAACACGAAGGAUGGUUAUGUGAUGUGGUUCCCUGAUGAUCGUCAGUUCGUCAUCUCACGAGACGUCGAAGUGGACGAGCACGUGUUUCUUGCAAAGGAGAAGCAACCAAGGGGACCACUAGGGAUUGAUGUGGUGUACCCCCAGACGCCCGUCUCACCUGACGAGCAGACCGACCACCAUCAAGACCACCAUCGUGCCCAGCAACCCGAAGAUGAUCGACAGCAUCAAGAAGAUGAGUGUGUCGACCAACACAGCCAAGAUCAAGAGCCUGACAGCUCUGCAUUGCGCGAAGGACCGCCAGCAGCACCACCAGUACCGCCGGCCGCUCAAGAUGCUCCAGAUGCAGAAGAAGCCGUCGCUGAUACCGAUGGAGGUGCCGCUGACAACUAUCGAGUCAUUCGAGAGGAAAUGGGGAUAGAUGACGACAAUGCCGAGCACCGAAGAUCAGGCCGAAACCUGUGUGUUGAUAGUGUGUCACUACAUUCCCGUCUAUAUCUGUGUGUGUUCAUGUGUACCGAGGUGGGCGAGUAUAAGCAGCGCUAAGUUAGUGACACAGCUUAGUUUCUUCCUCUUCCACAUGUAUAUGUGUCUGUCUAGAUAGAUAGAUACGAAACGAGCAGCACCCACAUCAUGCAUACGAAUUCAUACAUGCACCCCACCCAUCCUAACCAGCCGGCCGCUCGGAGAUGCCUUUUCAGUGCGGCUUGAUGAGUGGAUGGGAAAGCUAUAUCGUAUUGUGCUUGUUUGCAUGGCGAUCGAUCGACCGACAAACAACCAAUACGACAGCGGCGUUUUCUUUCCUCCUUUUUCAUUGAUUAGCUUUUUGUGGAUCGAGGCAUAGAGAGAUGUUCAUAUCAGAGAAAUGGCGGGCGAGGGGCGAAGAUGGCCAAGGUGGAUAUAGAGAGGAAUAAUUCAUUUGCUCACAGCAGUACGAAUAGGAAGGCGGCUUUGUGUCAGUACUGUGUGGGUGCUUGCUGGAGAUAUACGUGUGAGGGCUGCAUGACGGGUUGUGAGUCGAUAUGAAUAGGCCUGAUGCAUGCAUCCUGAUGUGAGUAUAUACACACCUGCGCACAGAGACAUUGG